UUACAGGAUGUUAUACCAGAUGCCUCAAAAUAUUGUGGGCCCUACAAACCACAUAGUAUCUUAAAGCAGGACAACCCUUCUUAUAAAGAAACAGGAGAUGAUCACGGUCAUGACACUAUUGGCAUGGUUGUGAUCCACAAGAUGGGGCAUACUGCUGCUGGUACAUCUACAAAUGGUAUAAAAUUCAAAAUACCUGGUCGUAUAGGAGAUUCACCAAUACCUGGAGCUGGGGCCUACGCUGAUGAUACUGCAGGGGCAGCUGCAGCCACUGGGGACGGAGAUAUAUUGAUGCGCUUUCUACCAAGCUACCAAGCUGUAGAAUAUAUGAGAGGAGGAGAAGAUCCAACCAUAGCUUGCCAAAAAGUGAUUUCAAGAAUUCACAAGUAUUAUCCAAAGUUCUUUGGGGCUGUUAUAUGUGCCAAUGUGACUGGGAGUUAUGGUGCUGCUUGCAAUAAACUUUCAACAUUUACUCAGUUCAGUUUCAUGGUUUAUAAUUCUCUAAAAAACCAGCCAACUGAGGAAAAAGUGGACUGCAUCUAAGCCAUCUUUUCUAUCACCGUCUGUCUUUAAAGAAGAAAAGCAAAGGUCUGAAAAGAUUGCUUAUUAUAGUCAUACAGUGUUCCUCAUGUAAUCUAAAGUAGUUUUUUUUUUUUAAAAAAAAGGUACAAAAAUAAAUGUAUGCUAAAGUGGCACUUUCACUUUCUAUUUUUAAAAUGUUUCUAUUAUUCAUUUUUAUUUAUAAUCCCAAUUGACUGAAGACCCUCUUUAAAACCUUGUAUAUCCCCUGAAAAUGAAUAUGUAUAUAUGCAUGUUUUGUAUAUAUUUAAAUUGUAAGUGAUAUUUGGAUUUCUGAUCAAUGUUGUAACAAAUUGCUGCUUUGGAGAUGUAUUUCCACAGUGAAAAGCAUCAUAUUUGGAUACUUAAAUUAAUUAUAGUAUACAAAUUUUUUAAACCCAAAGGAAAAAAACAGAGUCUCAGCAUGAUUAAUCCUUAUUGAAUUUCAGUGCGUUGCAGUGAUAUGUCUCUUCACUGAUUAUUAGUUUUACAUAGUAUUCCCUAAAAGCUUAAAGAAGGAAGAUGAUAUUAAAAAUACAGAUACUUAUUAUUUUGCACACAUUAGAAAAUCUGGGCAGUCUUCUGAAGAGUGUUUAUGUUGAUUUUGUUUGCUUUUUUCCUCUGAUAGAGCUCUCAGUAUGUGAAGGUUCUUAAACUACAAAAAUCUCUGAUCUUUUAGCUGUUAGUAUUUAGUAUUGAUCAUUUCUUUUGAAAAUGAUUUGGGGAGCUUGAUCUGUACUGUAAUUUUACUAAUCUCUUGUGCAGAGGUGGGUAUUGCAAUUAGAAAUAAGCCAAUAUAUAUGUUAUCUAGCUUGAUAUUGUUUUCCCAACCUCUGAAUUAACUGUAUUACUGACGCCCUAUACAAGAAGUUGUAUGUGUGCUUUCUUUACUGGCAUCAUUUUUACCCUCAGAAUCAUUAUCUUUUAAAUCAGGAGUCAUUAAUAAAUCUACAUGUACAAUAUUGUCCUCAAA